CGACGGAUUCCAUCUGUCUGGCUACUCCCGUUUCGUUUUCUAUUCCGUUCGUUCCUCCUACCACGACUGCCUCGUUUUUGUCAUGUCCGGAAGAACACAAAUCGAGCGUGCAAUCAUCCAAAUACAGGAGAAGCCUGUCGUCCCCGAGAUCGACUUUACACAACACCAGCUCGAGAAUGGGUAUACCAUCAGCACCCAGGAGCGAGUCGUCAAGGAGGUUCAAGCCCCCGCGAUGAAUAUACCCACCGACGCACAGUUCUUCUCCCGACAAGACCCAACCAAGCCCGAUGUCGCUUUUCUGAAGAACCACUUUUAUCGUGAGGGACGUCUAUCCGAGGAGCAUGCCAUGUAUAUUAUCGAAAAGGCGACCGAAGUACUGCGUGCAGAGCCUAACUUGUUGAGCGUCGACGCUCCCGUCACCGUUUGUGGGGAUAUUCACGGGCAAUAUUACGACUUGAUGAAGCUAUUCGAGAUCGGGGGCAAUCCCGCAACCACACGGUAUCUUUUCUUGGGCGAUUACGUCGACAGAGGGUACUUCAGCAUAGAAUGUGUUUUGUAUCUCUGGUCUCUCAAAAUUUGGUAUCCCGACACCAUCUUCCUUCUUCGUGGCAAUCACGAAUGUCGGCAUUUGACUGACUAUUUCACAUUCAAACUGGAAUGCAAGCGCAAGUAUUCAGAGCGAAUAUAUGAAGCAUGCAUGAAUUCCUUCUGCGCACUGCCCCUUGCGGCUAUCAUGAACAAGCAAUUCUUCUGCAUUCAUGGUGGCCUCUCCCCUGAGCUGAAUACUUUGGAUGAUAUCCGCAACAUCGAUCGCUUUCGCGAACCCCCCACAUCGGGUCUCAUGUGUGACAUCCUAUGGUCAGAUCCCGUCGAGGAUUUCGGGAAUGAGAAGAUCACGGACAGCUUUAUACACAACCACGUCCGUGGCUGCUCGUACUUCUUCACCUAUCAAGCAGCAUGCCAGUUCCUGGAGCGGAACCGGCUGCUCUCCAUUAUCCGUGCGCACGAAGCACAGGAUGCCGGGUAUCGUAUGUACCGCAAAACCCGGACUACUGGUUUCCCGUCGGUCAUGACUCUUUUCUCCGCUCCCAACUAUCUCGACGUCUACAACAACAAGGCAGCGAUCUUGAAGUACGAAAGUAAUGUACUGAACAUUCGCCAGUUCAACUGCACCCCACACCCAUACUGGCUGCCAAACUUCAUGGAUGCUUUCACAUGGAGUCUUCCUUUCGUUGGAGAGAAGAUCACUGAUAUGUUGGUGGCUGUCCUCAACACGUGCACUAAGGAGGAGUUGGAAGAGAGUUCGGAUGAGGAGACAGCGGUUUCGCCCACCACGCCUUCGGAAGAUUCUGCAGAGAGAAGGAAGGUCAUCAGGAACAAGAUCCUGGCUGUGGGACGCAUAUCCCGAGUUUUUUCGCUGCUCCGUGAGGAAUCAGAACGCGUUUCGGAGCUCAAAAAUAUCACAGGUUCCACUAAGCUUCCUUAUGGUACGCUGGCACUCGGUGCAGAAGGAAUCAAGGAUGCAAUCAACGGUUUCGAUGAUGCUCGCAAGUCGGACAUCGAGAAUGAGAGAUUGCCGCCCGAGCUUGUUGAUGCAGACUCUGAAGAGGGCAAGGCGUAUAUGUCCCAACCUCCUACUCCCUCAGAAGAGUCAUAUGUACCGCCACCUCCUAAUGGGGUUGCAGCUGCCCUGGAAGAGGCCAUCUCAAAUGGCACCAUUUCGCCUGGUUUAGGGCCUCACGGUCCGACUUCCCCCAUAUCACCGACCUCGUCCAACUCGCCGUUCCGGCGCGGACACGGACGUCAGGCCAGUUUAGGCACGACCAUGACCAGUCCGAGCACGAGGAGGAGGAGCCUGGAAAGCACCAUGUCCUUGCUGAAGGAGGCGGUAGACGGAAAGGAAGCGGAUGCGGAGUUUGAGCAGCUGGCGGAUCAGGUAGCUGGGAGGGUAAAGGAGAAGGAGAAUGCAGCACCCCUGUCCAGAUAA